UUUCUGUGAUCUAAGCAGGACGGACGGAGAAUCAGACCACCCAAAAAUAAUAGCGGCUAUUCCCCUUUGGGAAUGUAGGCCUACAUAUUGCGUCGACAUGUUCAACACUAGUGAUGGACAGAUAUUGAGACGAGCAAGGAAAGACGGUGGAUUCCGGCCCAAGUGAAUGGAGAAACAGAAAUGUUGGAUUCACUAGAGAUGUAGAAGGGAUCAGCGCCAUUGGACAUGCCGUCAGCAUGGCUGAUGCCAGUGAUACAGACAGCAGAAUGGAAAGAUUUAAAACUCUGGGUCGUCAAGCCUUUGUGUUGGGUUACACUGGAGAGGUUGGAAAGAUGUUGGUCGAGGAACUGAAUAAAUACAAGAUAUUCAAACGUGUUGUGCUAAUUGGACGUCGCCAGGUUCCAUUGAAUGUUGGUCCAGAAUUUGAGCAGGCAGUUGUUGACUUUGACAGACUGACAGAGCACCAAGAGAUCUUUGCUGGGAUUGAUACGGGCUUCUGCUGCCUGGGUACAACACGAGGACAAGCUGGCAAGGCAGGUUUCAUCAAAGUAGACAAAGACUAUGUACUGGGUGCAGCAGAAGUGGCCAAACUACAAGGAUGUCAACAUUUCUCCCUAGUAUCCAGUGUUGGAGCAGACAAAGAUAGCUGUAUUCUAUAUAAAAAAACAAAGGGUGAAGUUGAAGAAGCCUUGCGUCACAUGAACUUUGACAGACUUUCUAUCUACAGGCCAGGACUGCUACUGUGUGAUCGCCAACAAAGGAGACCCAUGGAGAAAGCAGCCAUGAUAUUUCUGAAGCCAAUCACCAGUUGCUUUCCAACCCUUUUGUCUGUCCCAACUGACACUGUUGCCAAGGCGAUGCUAAACAAUGUAGUUAAGCCUGCAGAAAGUGCCACUGAACUAUAUGACAACAAAGACAUCCAUUUACUUGCCAAAAAUGUUACUGGCCAAACUAAAAACAAAAAAAGUUGAACUGAUACCCUGAGAGAAAAAAUGUCAAUGUUUAUCAAUAAUUAUGUUGUAAUUAUAUUUUUUAAUGUCAAAUUUAUAGUUUAAUUAUAUUUAUGUGUUCACUGUAAUUAGUUGACUAGACUCACAGUAAAAAAAAAAAAAAAAAAGAAA